AUGACUAUCGGCUGGACAGUCUCUGAUUGGAAGAAAUUUCACUACGAAUCAACUCCAAAUGAUUCCUACGACGUGAUCAAAAACUUAUUGCAAUCACAACUCAAAGCCCCUCAAGAUCCAGCAUGGAUUUCCCUUUGUACGGUACACGAUUUAGAACAUCAAUGGGCUUAUUUGCAAUCAAGAUCAAAUAAAUUGGAACUACCACUCUAUGGUGUUCCUGUUGCCAUCAAAGACAAUAUUGAUGUUAGAGGAUUUGUGACUACUGCUGCUUGUCCAUCAUUUGGCUAUGAAGCUGAGGAAGAUGCUACCACCGUUAAAUUAUUAAGAGAAGCUGGGGCUAUUAUUAUGGGUAAAACUAAUUUGGAUCAAUUUGCCACAGGGUUAGUCGGUACCAGAUCGCCGUACGGAAUUACUCCAAACACUUUUGAUUCAGAUUACGUUUCAGGUGGCUCUUCUGCUGGGUCUGCAUCAGUUGUGGCUAGAGGAAUUGUGCCAAUUGCUUUGGGUACUGACACUGCUGGUUCAGGAAGAGUCCCUGCCGCUUUAAACAACUUAAUUGGAUUGAAACCCACAAAGGGGGUUUUCUCCUGUAAAGGGGUGGUACCUGCUUGUAAAUCAUUGGAUUGUGUUUCAAUCUUUUCAAUGAAUUUGCAGGAUGCUCAAUUGACAUUCAAUAUCAUGGCCAAAGAAGAUGGUGCCAACGAUGAGUUCUCAAGACCUCUACCUUCUAAUCCAUUGACAAGUUUUGGUUCGAAACCAACUAUUGCCGUGCCUACAAACUUGCUUUGGUAUGGAGAAGAAGAAAACCCCAAACUUUUCACCCAAGCAGUUGAAGUUUUCAAAUCAUUAGAUGUAAACUUGAUCACCAUUGAUUUGGAACCGUUGUUAGAAUUAGCUAAAUGCUUAUAUGACGGUCCUUGGGUUGCUGAAAGAUAUUCAGCUACCAGAAAGUUUUUAGAUUCUGAUCCUCCAGAAAAGGAUUUGGACCCAACCGUUAUGAAGAUCAUUAAAGGCGGUGAAGCUCCAACUGCUUACACCUACUUUGAAUAUGAAUACAAGAGGCAAAACAUUUUACAAAAGGUUAAACCUAUUUUGAAAUCAUUGGAUGCAAUUAUUGUACCUACUUGUCCUUUAAACCCAUCCAUUGCCCAAGUCAAAGCAGAACCAAUUGCUGUCAACUCAAAACAAGGUACUUACACAAACUUUGUUAAUUUGGCUGAUUUGUCUGGAUUAGCUAUUCCAGCAGGGUUCCGUGAAGACGGCUUACCAUUUGGUAUCACUUUGUUGUCGCAAAAGUUUAACGACUAUGCUCUUUUAGAUUUGGCUAGCAAGUACAUUGAGAAACGUGCUGAAACCGAGCCAAGAAUCUAUGGCUGCUUAAUCGAUAGAGAAGUCUCAACCUUACAAGAUGAAUUGUUACCUUUACCUAAGAUCAACUUUGAUACCCAGAUUAAAUUGGCCGUAGUAGGUGCUCAUUUAAAGGGCCUACCGUUACAUUGGCAAUUAGAAAAGGUCAAAGCCACUUUUGUUGAAGCUACAACCACUUCCGAGAGUUACAAACUCUACGCCUUACCUAAGACUGGCCCUGUUGCCAAACCCGGGUUGAGAAAGGUAUCUGAAGGUGGUUCUAAGAUUGCCAUUGAAGUGUAUGCUGUUCCUAAGGAAACUUUUGGUGAUUUCAUUGCUAUGGUUCCUGAGCCAUUGGGAAUUGGAUCUGUGGAAUUGGACAGUGGUGAAGUUGUCAAGUCUUUUAUCUGUGAAGAAUUUGGUUAUAAGGCUUCUGGUUCAGUGGAUGUUACAUCUUUUGGUGGUUGGAAACCUUAUUUGGAUCAUUUAUCCAGAGAAGCUUCUAAAGUGAAGAAACCUUUCGAAAGUGUUUUGGUUGCUAACAGAGGUGAAAUUGCUGUUAGAAUCAUGAAAACCUUAAAAAAAAUGGGCAUCAAGUCAAUUGCUGUCUAUUCUGACCCCGAUAAACAUGCUGAGCAUGUUGAAAUUGCCGAUAUCAAGGUUCCUUUACAUGGAGUUUCCGCCGCAGAAACCUAUAUCAACACUGAUAAGAUCAUAGCUGCUGCUAAAUCUACAGGAGCUCAAGCCAUUAUUCCUGGUUAUGGUUUCCUUUCUGAAAAUGCUGAUUUUUCAGACAGAUGUGGGAAGGAAGGUAUUGUCUUUGUUGGUCCAGCUGGUGAAGCCAUUAGAAAGUUGGGUUUGAAGCAUUCUGCUAGAGAAAUUGCUACCAAAGCUGGAGUUCCAUUGGUUCCAGGUUCUGAUUUGGUGAAGGAUGCUGCUGAGGCCAGAGAAAUCGCUGCUAAGUUGACUUACCCUGUCAUGGUAAAGUCAACUGCCGGUGGUGGUGGUAUUGGUUUGCAGAAAGUUGACUCUGAAGCUGACAUUGAACGGGUUUUCCAAACUGUCCAACAUCAAGGUAAGUCUUACUUUGGUGAUUCUGGUGUAUUCUUGGAAAGAUUUGUAGAGAAUGCCAGACAUGUUGAAGUUCAAAUGUUAGGAGAUGGUAACGGUAAAGCUAUUGCAGUUGGUGAAAGAGAUUGUUCUUUACAAAGAAGAAACCAAAAGAUUAUUGAAGAAACUCCUGCUCCUAACUUACCUGAAGCUACCAGAGUUAAAAUGAGACAAGCUGCUGAAUCUUUAGCUUCUAGUUUGAAAUACAAGUGUGCUGGUACUGUGGAGUUUAUUUAUGAUGAAAAGAGGGACGAAUUCUACUUUUUGGAAGUCAAUGCCAGAUUACAAGUUGAACAUCCUAUUACAGAAAUGGUUACCGGUUUGGAUUUGGUUGAAUGGAUGCUUUUGAUUGCUGGUGAUAUGCCUCCAGAUUUCUCUCAAAAGAUCCCAGUUGUUGGAGCUUCUAUGGAAGCUAGAUUGUAUGCCGAAAACCCAGUUAAAGAUUUCAUGCCAUCUCCCGGUCAAUUGACCGAAGUUGUUUUACCAUCUUGGGCCAGAAUUGACGGUUGGGUCAAGAAAGGUACUGUUAUCUCAGCAGAAUAUGAUCCAACUUUAGCCAAGAUCAUUGUUCAUGGUAAGGAUAGAAAUGAAGCCUUACAAUUGUUACGCCGUGCCUUGGAUGAAACUGUGGUUUACGGUUGUAUUACCAACAUUGAUUACUUGAGAUCAGUGGCUAACUCCGAUAUGUUUGCUCAAGCUAAAAUGCAUACCAAGAUCUUGGAUACUUACGACUACCAACCAACUGCUUUUGAAAUCUUGGCUCCCGGAGCUUACACCACUGUUCAAGAUUACCCUGGUAGAAAGGGUUACUGGCAUAUUGGUGUUCCUCCUUCAGGAUGUAUGGAUGAAUAUGCUUUCAGAAUUGCUAACAGAAUUGUUGGUAACCACAAGGCUUCACCUGGGCUUGAAAUUACCUUGAAUGGGCCCAAGAUUUUGUUCCAUCAUGAUGCUAUUGUUUCCGUUACUGGUGGUGAUGCACAAAUUGAAGUUAAUGGGACGAGAGUACCUCAAUGGGUCCCCAUUAAUAUCAAGAGAGGUGACAAAUUGUCUAUUGGUAAAUUGACCAGUGGUUGCAGAGCUUAUUUAGCCAUUAGAGGUGGUAUUGAUGUCACAGAAUAUUUAGGUUCCAGAUCCACUUUUGCCUUGGGUAAUUUGGGUGGUUAUAACGGGAGAGUUUUGAAGUUGGGUGAUGUUUUAUUCUUGGGUCAACCUGAACUUUCUUCCUGUACUUUGCCAGCCCCAAUUUCUGAACCAACACCAGCACCAUUGGCUUUAAUUCCUGAUUAUGCUACCACCAAGAUCUGGGAGGUUGGUGUGACUUGUGGCCCUCAUGGUUCACCAGAUUUCUUUAAGCCUGAAGCAGUUGAGGAAUUCUUCUCUGAAACAUGGAAGGUCCAUUAUAACUCUAACAGAUUUGGUGUUAGAUUAAUUGGUCCUAAACCUAAAUGGGCAAGACCAGAUGGUGGUGAAGCUGGGUUACAUCCUUCCAAUGCCCACGAUUAUGUCUAUUCAUUGGGUGCUAUCAAUUUUACUGGUGAUGAACCGGUUAUUUUGACAUGUGAUGGUCCCUCUUUAGGUGGGUUUGUCUGUGAAGCUGUUAUUGCUGAAGCCGAAAUGUGGAAGAUUGGUCAAGUAAAGCCUGGUGAACAAAUCAAGUUUAUUCCAAUUAGUUAUGAAAGUGCCAAAUCAUUAAAGAAGCAUCAAGAUGACAUUGUUGAAGAACUUGAUGGUGAAUUGCCUUCUUUUGAAGGUAAGAUUAUAAAGCCAGAAGACCCUGUGUUGUAUGUUCUUAAGGCAGGUAGUGCUCCUAGUGUCACAUACAGACAAGCUGGUGACAGAUAUAUUUUGGUUGAAUAUGGCGACAACCAAUUAGACUUGAAUUUGAGUUACAGAGUUCACAAGUUGAUUGAAUUGGUUGAUGUCAAUAAGACCAGAGGUAUUGUGGAGAUGUCUCAAGGUGUCAGAUCUGUGUUGAUUGAAUUCAAUUCCGAUAUUACCCAACAAGAAUUAUUGAAGGUUUUGAUCUCAUACGAAAAGGAAGUUUCUUUCACCAACAAAUGGGAAGUUAAGUCCCGAGUCAUCAAGUUACCCAUGGCAUUUGAAGAUAAACGAACUUUAGAUGCUGUUACCAGAUAUCAAGAAACCAUCAGAAGCGAUGCUCCAUGGUUGCCUAACAAUGUUGAUUUUAUUGCCAAUGUUAAUGGUAUCACCAGAAAGGAUGUUAAGGAUAUGUUAUAUGCUGCCAGAUUCCUUGUGUUAGGUUUAGGUGAUGUGUUUUUGGGAGCACCCUGUGCUGUUCCAUUGGAUCCAAGACAAAGAUUCUUGGGUACCAAAUAUAACCCAUCUAGAACAUUCACUCCUAACGGUACAGUUGGUAUUGGAGGUAGUUUUAUGUGUAUUUAUACCAUGGAAUCCCCCGGUGGAUAUCAAUUGGUUGGUAGAACAGUUCCUAUUUGGGAUAAGUUGACUCUUGGAGCUCAUAGUGGUGAUAAACCAUGGCUAUUGAGACCAUUUGAUCAAGUUUCCUUUUAUCCUGUCAGUGAAGAAGAAAUCGACAGAUUAAGUGAUGAAAUGCUGGCGGGUAAAUUCGAAGUGGACAUUGUUGAAACCGUUUUCAACCAUGGAGAGUAUUUGAAGUGGGUUACGGAAAACAUGGACUCCAUUGAAGAGUUCCAAAAGAACCAAGGUGGGGAAAAGUUGGCAGAAUUCAAUAGAUUAAUUCAAAUUGCCAAUAGUGAAUUGGAAAAGAGCGGUACCAAGAUUGUUGAAGAAGAAGAUUACGGUGACGAUGUUGAAUUGGUCUACUCUGAAUAUUCUGGUAGAUUCUGGAAAUCAUUGGUAGAAGUUGGUGAUGAAGUUAAACCUGGUCAAGGUUUGGUGGUAGUGGAAGCCAUGAAGACGGAAAUGAUCGUUUCUUCUCCGAGAGCAGGUAAGGUGAAGAAGGUGUUCCACAAAAACGGUGAUAUGGUUGAUGCAGGUGAUUUGGUUGUUGUCAUUGAAUAA